AUGCAGGAGCUAAUUCGCCCAACUGACCAACCACGAUCUCCAGAGACUCUUGCUGCAGCAGUAUUUGCUGCCAGCUCUAAUCUCUCCAAUGGACAGACAUCCACCAAUGGUUCUGUUGCAGGCUGUAGUAAUGGUAGUGAGGCUGGAAAUGGUAGUGGUGCGAACUGCGAAAUUGGGCUCAAUUAUCCUGCGAUCAUAUCCUGCAGAAGCAAAAGGUGGAAAAAGACAUCUUUUUCUUCUGCCUCCCAGAUCAAUGCACUUACCCUGCCGUCUCCAUCGCCUCUCUCUCCAUUCUCUAAUAUUGCUUCAGAAUCACAAAUAUGUCUGUCCACUCCGUUUUCACAGUCUGAUCCAUCGGGCCAGUUUAACGAUCAACCUCCGCAAGAGCAAUCAUCUCUGGCACCAGCACAAGUGUCAGUUGCACCACUUUCAUCGCCAUCAUCGCCGUCAUCUGAUGUAGCAUCAGCGCCAACGACAUUUGAUAUUGUUAUAACCACUACCUCAAGCCCCUGUUCUGAGGUCGCUCCACUGGCCUCCGCCGAAGACAAUUGCUCUUCGCUAGUUGACAUCAUUCCUACUUCCUCAGCUUCCUCGACAGCCACUCCCAAAGCAGAAGAGAUAGUCGAACUUCCUCGAUCACUACAUACGUAUGCAAAAGAACCUUUGAAACUAGCAACGGAUUCAUCUGAUACCACCGCGCUUAUAGAAGCACAAGAGGAUAUGCCAGAACAGGAUGAAAAAUUGGAAGAAGAGGCCCCAUCUGUUAGCAUAGUUGAGCCUCCUGGAAGCGCUACUUCGACUGGAGCUGACUUAAUGGAGACCGCUAAUACAACUUCAGCUGCGACAAUAAAGACUGAGAAGGAACCAACCUUUCGAGCGACGUCAGAAUCAGAGGCAGUCGACACCGUUUCUUGUUCUCAGGGAGAGAGUCUGUUGGAAGCUACGGAAGCUUGCGUAGACUCACUGAAUGUUAAAUCUAAAACCACAGACGAAAAUCCGCUAGAACUGUAUGCAGCAACAUUGAAUGCCACUAUUGCUCCGCGUAUGCCUUCAAUGCCUUUUUAUGUUAUUUUACAAACAAACAAGUUCUACAAUUCAUUUAUAUACUUUUUAAACCUUCAGCAAGUCCAUAUUGGAAUGCUGAUCUCAUCAAGUCACCUUAAAAAAUCCUAUAACUGA